AUGGGUUUAAUUGCUUCGGCAAAAUCAUCGGUGCUCGUUAAUGGAGUUCCUGCCUUUGAGUUCAAAUACUCUAAAGGGAUUCGCCAAGGAGAUCCUAUUUCGCCAUUUUUAUUUCUAAUAGGCAUGGAAGCCUUUACGGUGAUGUUCAAAAAGGCGAUCGCGGAAGGGGUUUUUAAGGGUUUCGAAGCACCGAACGGGGGGCCUUAUGUUACAUGUCUUUUGUUCGCCGAUGACUCCCUAAUCAUAGGAGAAUGGUCCGAUGCUAAUGCAGACAAUAUGUUGAGAUUGUUGAAGUGUUUCAACAUAAUCUCAGGUCUUAACAUCAAUUAUCAAAAGUCCAGCCUUAUUGGGGUUGGAGUCAAUGAGGUGGAAGUGGUCUCUAUGGCGAAUAGAAUGAAUUGUAGGGUGGAAAAGGCUCCUUUCUUAUACCUCGGGUUAAAGGUUAGAGCUAAUAUGAAUCGGAUCCGAAAUUGGCAACCGGUGAUAGACGUUUUUGAUGCUAGAUUGGCCAGUUGGAAAGCUUCCUCGUUAUCGAUGGGCGAAAGACUUACAAUUCUUAAAUCGGUCCUUGAAAGCUGA